AUGAGUGGAGGAGGAGUCUCCGGCAGGGAGCUUGAUCAGACUCCCACCUGGGCUGUGGCGGUGGUUGUUGCUUUGAUCAUCCUCAUUUCUAUCGCUCUUGAAAAGAUUCUCCACACAGUUGGGCAGGUAUUCGAACAUAAAAAAAAGGAGGCUUUAUUAGAGGCUCUUGAAAAAGUUAAAGGCGAACUUAUGGUGCUGGGAUUCAUUUCUUUGCUCCUGACAUUCGGGCAGAGUUAUAUCUCCAAAAUCUGUAUACCAGAGGAGGUCGCUGAUACAAUGUUGUUUUGCCCCAAAAGACAUGCGGAAUCGGCCCACGGUCAAGGUGGCCAUGGUGAUCAUAAGGAAGAGGGUCAUGGUGAUCAUCAUGAAGAGGGUGCCAGAGGUGAGGAACAUCAUCGGAGACUGCUUUUUUAUGAUGAUGCGCGUAGAUUUUUAUCAGGUCAUGACAACACUGCAGCUUGCGACAAAGGGUACGUGCCACUUAUAUCAGUGCAUGCAUUGCAUCAGUUGCACAUUUUCAUUUUCUUUUUAGCAGUUUUUCACGUGGCGUAUAGCGCCACCACGAUGAUGCUGGGAAGAUUAAAGACACGAGGCUGGAAGGAGUGGGAACGGGAGUGCAUCAAUAGUCUUAAUGAACUUAACGAUCCUUCAAGAUUUAGGCUCACUCACGAGACAUCUUUUGUGAGAGACCACACCAGAGGUGCCUGGACAAAAACAAAAUUCUCCUUUUAUUUCGUAUGCAUGUGGCGACAAUUCUUCAGGUCUGUUACCAAGGCUGAUUAUUCUACGAUGCGUCACGGAUUCGUCAGUGUUCAUUUAACACCUGGGAGUAAGUUCGACUUUCAAAAAUAUAUCAAAAAAUCAUUAGAAGAUGACUUCAAGGUGGUCGUCGGGAUUACUCCAGCAUUAUGGGGUUUGGCAGUGCUCUUUCUCCUUUUUGACGUCCAUGGUUGGCAUAUUAUGACUUUCAUGUCCAUGUUGCCUUUAGUGUUAACUUUAGCAGUUGGAACCAAGCUUCAAGCAAUUAUAGCACGAAUGGCACUGGAAAUAGUAGAAAAACACGCAGUUAUACAAGGGAUGCCUCUUGUGCAAGUCUCUGACAAGCAUUUUUGGUUCGCUUAUCCUCCCUUGUGCCUUCAUCUUAUCCACUAUGUCUUGUUUCAGAAUGCAUUCGAGAUCACGUAUUUCUUUUGGAUAUGGUAUGAGUUCGGCCUGAAAUCAUGCUUUCAUGAGGAUUUUACACUUAUAACCAUAAGAGUUUGUCUUGGGGUGGUAGUCCAAUUCAUAUGCAGCUACAUCACACUUCCACUCUAUGCCCUUGUUACUCAGAUGGGGUCGACCAUGAAGAGGUCAAUCUUCGACGAGCAAACUUCCAAGGCCCUAAAGCAGUGGCACAAGAAGGCUGCCCAGAAGACUGAUCUUGGCCACGGUCAUGAGAAUGGACAUGGUCAUGAUCAUAGACAUGGCCAUGACCAUGGGAAGAAAGAAUCCUCUCAUCAUGAAGAAAAAGGAGAAGAACAUGGCGCUGAGGGUGCUACACCAGCACAUUGACGCUCUGGCUCUGGUGAGGCCACCCAUCAGGAUACCAAUGCUGAUCGAACAGUAUAAAAGCUUUAGGCCACAACAACUACCUGCUAGAUUAACACAAACUACAUCUAUUAAUUAAUUCCUUACUCGUUUAAUUCAUGUUAUUGUAACCAAUGGAAGCCUUUUUUUGUAAUGUACUAUUCACAUAAUACUGUCAUGUAGUGUUAAUGCAUACGUUGGGUUACAUCAGAAUUAGUAAGA